ACCUGACAAGCGCCCCUGACCGUGCCAGGAAAGCUCCCAGCCGAGCACAGGCCGCCGCCAUGACAGUAGGAAGUCUGCGGGCUGUACCACUGGCUGAGGGGGGGGGGGGCAGGUCGCACGGCGCUAGAGCAGGACUCCUCCACUUGUCAGGCAGUUGGUACGUUCCACUUCCGGGUCCCCACGUGUGGCCGGCAGAAGUCCGGGAGGCGGAGAGGUUUGAGGGAACCGGGCAAGCGGCGCAGUGUGGCCUCCCCUGCCGGGCAAUGCUCAUCUCUAAGGACGUGCCAUGGCGGCGCCUGCAAGGCGUCUCUUUCGGCUGUUACUCAGCGGAGGAGAUCAGGAAGCUGAGUGUGAAAGCCCUGACCAACCCUCACUAUAUGGACAACCUGGGCAAUCCGAUGAUGAACGGCCUGUAUGAUCUGGCCCUGGGUCCCGCUGACGGCAAAGAAGUGUGCUCCACCUGCGCUCAGGACUUCAAUAACUGCCCCGGGCACCUGGGGCACAUCGAGCUGCCCCUGACUGUGUACAACCCGCUGUUCUUUGAUAAACUGUACCUUCUGGUCCGAGGCUCCUGCUUCCACUGCCACUUGCUGACCUGCCACCGCUCGGUUAUCCACUUACUGCUCAACCAGCUCAAGGUCCUGGAUCGGGGGGCUGUGCAUGAAGUCCACGAGCUGGAGAAUGUCCUGCACCGGCUGCUGGAGGCCAAUGCGGCUGCCACUGGUAAUGAGAUCCGGGAGGAGCUGGGAGACCACACCAGGAAAGUGCUUAAAAAGUAUAAGAAGCAGCCCGGGGGCAUUUCUGUGAAAAAUACCUGUGUGACCAGAAACCAGCUGAUCGGGAACUUCUGGAAGACGCAAAUGGUUUCGGCAAAGUGUCCCAACUGCAAGGCUCCACGAUCAGUUGUAAGGAAAGAGCACAACAGCAAGCUGACCAUAAUUAUGUCUUCCAAAUCAAGCGCCUCUUCUAAAGGGGGCAACAAGCCGGCAGAGGGGGACACAGAAGUGGCUGACAGCUCCCAGCUAGCCAAACGGGGAUAUCUGACUCCCAACUCCACCAAAGAACUGAUCAAGGCGCUGUGGGAGAAUGAAGGCUUUUUCCUGCAGCAUCUCUUUUCUGGAAUAACAGGCAAUGGGGAAUCGGCCUUUACUCCUGACACGUUUUUCCUAGACAUUAUUGUUGUCCCUCCCUCAAGGUACCGACCAGUCAAUCGCCUUGGGGAUCAGGUUUUCACCAAUGGUCACACAGUUAACCUGCAGGCUGUCCUCAAAGACGUCUCCAUGAUACAGAAACUUCUGGCUGUGAUGGCUCAGGAUCAGGAGCAGAUGCCGGAGGUCACCGAAUCAGGGAUGAGCUUGAAGGAAGGCGAAGUCACGGAGAAUAUCGACCGCUCUUUUCUUGCCACUUUAAUGGGCCAGUCCCUUACGGAUAAGCUGUACAACUCCUGGGUCCGGCUGCAGAGCCACGUCAAUAUUGUCUUCGAUAGCGACAUGGACAAGCUCAUGACUGAAAAGUACCCGGGAAUCCGCCAGGUCCUGGAGAAGAAAGAAGGUCUGUUUCGUAAGCACAUGAUGGGGAAGCGAGUGGAUUAUGCAGCUCGCUCUGUUAUCUGCCCCGACAUGUACAUCAACACCAAUGAAAUUGGAAUCCCUAUGGUGUUUGCCACUAAGCUGACGUACCCCCAGCCGGUCACUCCCUGGAAUGUGCAAGAGUUGAGACAGGCUGUAAUGAACGGACCCAACGUCCAUCCAGGUGCCUCCAUGGUGAUCAGUGAGGAUGGCUCUCGCACCAUAUUGAACUCUUCCAAUGUAUCCCAGAGGGAAGCUGUAGCAAAGCAACUACUCACCCCAUCCACUGGCGCACAGACUCUGGCUGCUAAAAUUGUGUGUCGCCAUGUGAAAAAUGGGGAUGUGCUUCUCCUAAACCGGCAGCCCACCCUUCACAGGCCCUCCAUCCAGGCCCACAAAGCCCGUAUUCUCCCAGGGGAGAAGGUGCUCCGGCUGCACUACGCCAACUGUAAGGCGUACAAUGCUGACUUCGAUGGGGAUGAAAUGAACGCGCAUUUCCCCCAAAGCGAGCUGGGCCGGGCUGAAGCCUACAGCUUAGCAUGUACAGAUGAGCAGUACUUGGUGCCUAAGGAUGGUACACCCCUUGCCGGCCUAAUUCAAGAUCAUAUGGUGUCCGGCGCAAACAUGACCAUCCGCGGCUGCUUUUUCACCCGGGAACAGUAUAUGGAAUUGGUUUAUCAAGGGCUGACAGAUAAGCGAGGGCGCGUAAAAGUCCUCCCACCAGCUAUCCUGAAACCCUACCCACUUUGGACAGGAAAGCAGGUUGUAUCUACGUUACUAAUCAACGUAAUCCCUGAAAAUCUGAUUCCCCUCAACCUGACCGGAAAAGCCAAAAUCAGCGGGAAAGCUUGGGUGAAGGAGCAGCCUCGGCCUAUUCCGGGAUUCUCGCCGGACUCCAUGUGCGAGUCUCAGGUAAUCAUUAGAGACGGGGAAUUGCUUUGUGGCGUCCUGGACAAAGCCCACUAUGGGAGCUCUUCCUUCGGCUUGGUGCACUGCUGCUAUGAGCUGUACGGAGGCGAGACCAGCGGCAAACUGCUGACUUGCUUGGCGAGGCUCUUCACUGCCUACCUCCAGCUCUACAGAGGGUUCACUCUGGGAGUUGAAGACAUUCUUGUGCUACCCUAUGCAGAUGCCCAGAGACUGAAUAUUGUACAGCAAUCAUUGCAUUGUGGUGGGAAGGCUAUCAGAGCGGCUUUCAACUUGUCGGAAGCGGCGUCAGACGAAGAAGCGCACGGGAAGUGGCAGGAUGCCCAUCUCAGCAAAGACCAGAGAGAUUUCAACAUGGUGGAUCUGAAAUUCAAGGAGGAAGUGAACCAGUUCAACAACGAAAUCAAUAAGGUGUGCAUGCCUUUCGGCCUCCAUCGACCCUUCCCAGAGAACAACCUGCAGCUGAUGGUUCAGUCAGGAGCCAAAGGAUCCACUGUAAAUACCAUGCAGAUUUCCUGUUUAUUGGGCCAGAUUGAGCUGGAGGGGCGGAGGCCCCCACUGAUGCCUUCUGGGAGGUCAUUACCUUGUUUCCAGCCAUAUGAUUUUAGCCCACGAUCUGGAGGAUUUGUUACUGGCCGAUUUCUUACUGGCAUCAAACCUCCUGAGUUCUUCUUUCAUUGCAUGGCAGGGAGGGAAGGAUUGGUGGACACGGCUGUGAAAACUAGUCGCUCGGGAUAUCUGCAGAGGUGCAUUAUUAAACAUCUGGAGGGUCUUGUGGUUCAGUAUGACCUGACGGUGCGAGACAGCGAUGGCAGUGUCAUUCAGUUCCUGUACGGAGAGGACGGCCUCGAUGUGCCCAAGACACAGUUUCUCCAGCCCAAGCAGUUUCCAUUCAUAGCAGAGAACUACGAGGUUAUCAAGCAGUCCAAGCACUUGGAUGAAGUUCUAUCCAGGGUGAACACAGAGCAAGCAGAGCAGCACAAUCAUGCCAUCUAUAGGUGGAAAGCAAGGCACCCCAACCUCUCCCAGCGAAUCAGCCCCUUCCUGCUCUACUCUCAGAAGCAAAUGGCAGCUGCAAAAGCAUCGUGUCCUAAUGAGCUGGAUGAGAAUGGCAGGGAUCUCGCAUCCAGAAAGGUAUUGGAGAGCUGGUAUGCGGCGAAUGAGAAGACACGUAGCAAAUACGUGAGAAGGUCGUCUACUCUCCCUGAUCCCUGCCUGGCAGUGUGGCGCCCAGAUCUCUACUUGGGAUCCGUAUCUGAGAACUUCCAGAGCAAAAUGGCGCAGUAUGGCUGUCUGUGGGAGGAGCAGAGGGACUCCAGCCAGGGGAUGUCCUCGCUGACAUUUGACAGCUUAAAAACCUUGCUGCACCUAAAGUGGCAGAGAGCGCUGUGUGACCCCGGGGAUGCGGUGGGGCUUCUGGCAGCUCAGAGCAUCGGAGAGCCCUCCACACAGAUGACGCUGAACACUUUCCACUUUGCUGGCAGAGGAGAAAUGAACGUCACUCUGGGAAUUCCUAGGCUUCGGGAGAUCCUGAUGGUUGCAAGCGCCAACAUAAAGACGCCCAUGAUGAGCGUGCCGGUUCUGAACACUAAGAAAGCUGUGAAGAAGGUGAAGCAACUGAAAAAGAAGCUAACGCGAGUGUGCCUGGCAGAGGUGAUACACAAACUGGACGUGGAGGAGACGUUCCGUAUCGAGGAGAAGUCACAGAAGUACCAAGUGUACAAGAUCCGCUUCCAUUUCCUACCCCACGAGUACUAUCGGCAGGAGAAGCUCCUGCGGCCCGAGGGGGUCCUGCGCUUCAUGGAAACAAGGUUCUUCAAAAUCAUGUUUGAUGCCAUAAAAAGGAAAAGCUCCAAGCUUGCUUCUUUCCGCGAAGUGGGCACCCGAAGGGCCACUCAGAAGGACCAUGGGGAUGGGGAAGACCAAGGAAACCAGGAAAGCCAGCCCGUGGAGAAUGAAGAAGAGCAAGUCAAUGCGGAUGAUGAUGAUGAUGAUGCAGAGGAAGGUGAUGCUGAUGCCACUGAUAAAAAAAGAAGAAAAAAACAAGAGGAGGAGGUGGACUAUGAGAGUGAGGAAGAGGAGGCUGAAGAAGACAAUGAGGAGGAGGUGGGGUCUCCCGAGGCAGGAGAGGAGACAUCUGCUGAUGUGAAAGAGAACACUGGGGAUAUUGUGGAUGAAAUAGAGGAGAACUCCCACUCCCCCGUACCUGCCAGGAGACCUCAAAGUGGACUUGCCAAGGAGGUUGUGGCCGAAAACAGAAUAAACGAUGUACUUAGCCUCAAUUCCGCUAUAGAAGAUUACUGCUAUGAUACAGAGAACAGCUUGUGGUGUGAGAUCACAAUCAAACUGCAGCUGAUGAAGAUCCACUUCGAUAUCUGUUCCCUCGUGUCCUCCCUCGCCCACAGUGCUAUAGUCCAUGAGACCAGCGGCAUCACCCGGUGCCUCUUGAAUGAUACGGCCAACAAGCAAGGGGACAAAGAGCUGAUUCUCAACACAGAGGGGAUCAAUCUGUAUGAACUUUUCAAGUAUUCCAAUAUCCUGGAGCUGAGGAGGCUUUAUUCCAAUGAUAUACACACCAUGGCAAAAACCUUUGGCAUUGAGGCUGCUUUACGGGUGGUAGAGAGGGAGAUUAAAGACGUGUUUGCGGUUUAUGGUAUCGAAGUGGAUCCCCGGCACCUCUCGCUGGUUGCGGAUUACAUGUGCUUCGAGGGUACCUACAAGCCUCUCAAUCGGAUCGGGAUGCAGUCUAGCUCCUCGCCCUUCCAGCAGAUGACAUUUGAAACUAGCUAUAAAUUUCUAAAGGAUGCCACCAUGAAUGGCGCUCGGGAUGACCUGCAGUCUCCGUCGGCGUGCUUAGUGGUUGGAAAGGUUGUAAAAGGAGGCACUGGUUUAUUCGACCUUAAGCAGCCCAUGAAAUAAAAUGGGAAAGACAAUAAAAGCAAGUUACGGAAACAAGACUUGAAUUUCACUCUCCUACAGGACUGUGUGUUUAUGGGAUACAUUGUCCCUCUCUCCUGUGCUGUUCGGGGGGGUGUAAUUAUCGUUUGUAAAUGUUUAUAAAUGUUAUGUUCUUAUAACAGUUAUGUUCUGCUGUUUAAUAAAGUAUAUUCUCGCUAAUG